UCGAGCCUGCCCGGCCUGCGGCGGGUUGGGGGGGAGCGGAAGCGCGCUCUUUCAAACGCCGUUCGAACGUCGAUGGACGCAGGCCACUUCCGGUGCAGCCAUGGCGGCCAACGCUACCACUAACCCGUCGCAGCUGCUUCCUCUAGAGCUUGUGGACAAGUGUAUAGGAUCAAGAAUUCACAUUGUAAUGAAGAGUGAUAAGGAAAUUGUUGGCACGCUUCUAGGAUUUGAUGACUUUGUCAAUAUGGUACUGGAAGAUGUCACCGAGUUUGAAAUCACACCAGAAGGAAGACGGAUUACUAAAUUAGACCAGAUUUUGCUAAAUGGAAAUAAUAUAACAAUGCUGGUUCCUGGAGGAGAAGGGCCUGAAGUGUGAAUGGAUUCCCUUGACUUUUGCUAGAUUCUGUUUUGUCUUCUAAUGACAACAAAAUAUAAUUUUUUUUUUAAACCUUUCAACGUUUGGAUUCUGUGAAGCUACGUUUCCCGUUAAAGGGGAAUGCUUUGAAGAGGCAUUGUAAAUGCCAUUUUUGUAAGUUGAUUAUCAUUAUCUUGGAAAAAAAAACAGUUUGUUCUUUGAAGAUUAAAAUAAAAAUGUUUUGGAUAA